AUGUCAGGCAACCCGCCUUUUCAUAACUUGACCUACUACACCUUUGGUACACCCAAUGGUCUCAAGCCCGCCAUCGUUCUUGAGGAACUAGGGCUCCAGUACAAGGUUGAGAAGGUCGAUAUCACCAAGAACACCCAAAAGGAAGAUUGGUUCCUCGCAAUCAACCCCAACGGUCGCAUCCCCGCUCUCAAGGAUGGUGACAUGCGUGUGUUCGAGACUGGAGCUAUUAUGCUCUACUUGACCGACCAUUACGAUAAAGAGAACAAGCUCAACUACCCCCAUGGUAGCCGCGAAUACUACGAGGUUAUGUCUUGGCUGAUGUGGCAAAUGGGUGGCCUCGGUCCCAUGCAGGCAAUCCAGGGUCAAGCCAACCAUUUCCGAGCCAUGGCUGGAGCAUAUUCUGAGUACGGCAUCAAACGCUACAUGGACGAGACCAAGCGCCUAUUCGAUGUCCUUGAGUCCCGCUUGAAGGAUGCCGACUGGCUCGCCGGCAACAAGUAUACCCUUGCUGAUAUCGCUUCGUAUUCUUGGGUCCGCGCUGCCCCGGUCUUUCUAGAGUUCGAUCUCAGUCAGUGGCCCGGUCUCCAAAAGUGGACUAAGCGUAUUGAAGAACGACCUGCUGUCAAGAAGGCGGAAACCAUUCCCGAAGGCACAAGGAGCGCUGCGGAGAUGGCAGAGAUGGCCAAGGGCAUGCGUGAUCGUAUGGAUGGAAUGAAGGAGACCAAGAGGGAUUCGUGA